UUGGGGCCGAGUGGAGACAAAGCACGCGUUUGUUGGCAAUAGCUUUCUCCUCCUUUCCUCCACUUUGCCCCACUGUCUCGCUCACACAGAGACGAGAGAGAAAGCGAGAGGGAGACAGAGGGUUCCGUGCUCAUCCACGCAUCGAAUCGGGUCGACCCCCCUCAGGCGUCUCGUCGGCGCCCUGCCCUGCCCGGGCUACUUUUUCCUUUGCAAUGGCAUCUGGAACUGAUGAGAAAGCCAAGAUGGAGAGUUUGACAUCACCUGCAGCCUUUGUAGAGGGUGGGGUCCAGGAUGCAUGUGAUGAUGCAUGUAGCAUUUGUCUUGAGGCUUUCUGUGAGAGUGAUCCUUCCGCAUUGACAGGUUGCAAACAUGAGUUCCAUCUCCAAUGCAUCCUUGAAUGGUGUCAAAGAAGUUCUCAGUGCCCUAUGUGCUGGCAGCCUGUCAGUAUGAAGGAUCCUACCAGUCAAGAGCUUCUUGAGGCAGUACAGUGGGAGAGGAAUAUAAGAACCAAUCAAACUCAAAAUACGACUAUAUUUCAUCAUCCUGCUCUUGGUGAUUUCGAAGUGCAGCAUUUACCUGUUGUUGGUAAUGAUGCUGAACUUGAAGAGCGUAUACUGCAACACCUAGCUGCUGCUGCAGCAAUGGGAAGGUCACACCAACAUGGUAGAAGAGAGGGGCAGAGGAACCGUUCUGGCUCUCAUGGCCGCCCACAGUUCUUGGUUUUCUCUGCACAUCCAAAUACUCCUGCUGGCUCUGUUUCAUCAUCUUCCACUCAGGGGGAAGGUGCUGAUGACCUGAGGAUUCUUGUUCCCAGAGUUGGUGACUUACCACCACAUGCUAAUCCCAUUGAAGAAGCAGGCAACCAAAGUCCGGGGGUCCUUACCUACGAUGCUGAACAAGAUGCUGUUGUUUCAUCUGGAAAUAGUACCCCCGUAUCCAGUCCUAGGUUUUUCAACAGGAGACAUUCCUCUGGACAAUCAACUCCAGUAGGUAAUGACAGGGCUGGGCCAUCAGAUGUUCAGUCUUUCUCAGAUUCUCUAAAGUCACGCCUAAAUGCUGUCUCCUUGAAGUACAAAGAAUCUAUUACAAAAAGUACUCGAGGGUGGAAGGAGAGGCUUUUUUCACGUAACUCAUCUGUGUCUGAUCUUGGUUCUGAAGUGAGACGCGAAGUUAAUAAUGGAAUUGCAUCUGUAUCGAGGAUGAUGGAGCGUUUGGAAACUAGAGGAAGUGGUAGACCAAGCUAUAGCCCAACAACAUCUACUUCUGAAGUUUGUCUCACUACAGAACCAAGCAAUGAGAGGGUUACCGAAAGUAACUCUAAUACUACUGCAAGUACUAGCAACACUUCUACCCCUUGCGUGACCACGUCUGGUUCAAAUUAGUGCAUGCUACUGUUUCUGAAGAAGGCCUGCAUGUGCCCAUUCUUCAUCUUCAAAG